CAGUUUCCUGCCCCUAAAGCUGGGGAGACGCGUUCACUGCUGGUCACUGACUGCGGCGAGAACCCAGCAGACACAUCAUUAUGGUCCCCUCUCAUUUCUGGCUGGUUGUUGCCUUGCUCGUUAAGGGCGUCUUUUCAGAAGAUAAAGACAAACCCAAGGCAGUUGAGAGAGAUGACAGUCUGUACCUGAUAAGCGACAAGGGCUACACAUGGCAAAAGGAUGGCGUAAUGUUGGCUAACAGUACAGACCUAAACUUGGGCUCUUUAUGGAACGAUCCUCGUGGAGUCUACUGCCGUAUCAACAGUAAUACUGAGAAAAAGGAUUGUGUCCAUGUGUAUGUGAGACGGUGCAUGAACUGCAUAGAGCUGGACCCGGGAACCAUUGCUGGCUUUGUUGUGGCGGAUGUCAUCAUGAUCGGUCUUAUCACUAUGGCGGUAUAUUUUGUUUCUGGCUCGGAGACACGUCGACCAGGACGAGCUUCUGACAAACAAAAUCUGAUUGAAAAGGAUUCUGACUAUCAGAUAUUGGGACACCGUGAUGAUGACCAGUACAGCCAUCUUGCAACUAGACCUAAAAGAGGAGGCUACUGAUAGCGCCGGGCACUGGAUGUGUUUGCGUUCUCUUAACAUUUCGCAAUGUUGUUGCUGUCUUCGGUAGAUGUUUUUGACGUACAGCAAUGGAAACUUUUCUCUGUUCUUGUCUGUUUUUCUGUGCUGAUUAAAUACACGAAAACAACGGAAA